CAAUUUAGCUAAAAAUGGCGGACGGCGUCGACAUUGAUUUGUAUGAUAAUAUUGAGGAUGAAUUCAGCCAAGAUGCAGAUUUUGGUGGAGGUGGAGAUCUGUAUGAUGAUGUUAUCACAGCUUCAUCUACACGUUCCAGUGCUGAGCCAAUGGAUCGCUCUGGAAGUAAGACUCCCUCUAGGUCUAACAGCACAUCCAUGCCAUCUACUGCUUCAGCAUCAGCACAUACAGGGAAAAAACAUAUGCUGUAUAUAGGCAACUUAACAUGGUGGACAACAGAUCAAGACCUAACUGAUGCAAUGAGCUCAAUUGGUGUAUCAGAUUUAUUAGAAAUUAAAUUUUAUGAAAACAGAGCCAAUGGACAAUCAAAAGGGUUUGCUUUGAUAAUUGUUGGCUCAGAGCAGUCAUCUCGCACCAUUUUUGACAGACUACCACGCAAAGAACUCCAUGGCCAAAUACCACAAGUUAGCCACUUCACCAAACAAGCAUUAAAUCAGUUUGAAGCACAGGCUCGUAAAACAGGCGGAGGUGGCCCUGGAGAUGCGGAUCGUAGAGAUGAACGUGGGCCACCAGGAAGAGAUUCAACACCAAAUGGGAACUUUAGAAAUGACAAACGUGGACCCCCACCAGGACCACAACAGGGAGCACCAGGUUUUCCACCACGUCUAAGCGGACCUCCUCCACUUAGACCUGGUCCACCACAAGUUACUGGACCUCCAACAAGAGGAGCUGGCCCAUUGAAUUUUGCUCAGCUGGUUAGAGCCUGCACAGACUAUUUGUCAACUGCACCACCUGGAACUCUACCACCUGUAACAGGACCGCCUCCAGGAAUGCCCCCAAUGCCUCCACGACCUGGUCAACAAGGUCCUCCAGGCAAUAGAGGGCCACCACCACGGCUUGAGCCACCCAGAAUGGGAAUGCCACCCCCACAUUUGCGAGGGCCACCACCUCCUUUGGAUACAAGAGCUCCACCACCCAUGAGAUCAGAUUGGGAACGACCUUCUGGGCCUGGGAGGCCCCCUAAGCCAGGUGGGCCCCCAAUGAACAAGGACUUUCUUGGUGGCCCAUCACCAGUACUGCUAGCCCAACCACCGCCACCAGGCACAACCUACCCUCCAACUGGUCCUCUUCCACCUCAGCCGGUACCACCACCUGGAUUGAGACCUCCUCACAUUGCAGGACCAGGCAUACCCCCUCCAAAUAUGCCACAAGUAACUUCAGCUCCUCCACCUGGUCAUGUACCUCCUCCUGGACAUAACCCUUUCUUCCCCCCCACAUUAGCAGGACCACCACCAACUGCAACACAUCCACCACCUGAUCCAUAUGGAAGACCACCCCCCACUGCAGCAUAUGCUGAAAAUCCAUAUGCCAGACCUCCACCUGAUAGGCCUUCACGUUCCGACAUCAGAAAAACACCAAUCAGACAUGAGCCACCACCACCACAGUUAAGUGACCAAGAAUUUGAAGAAAUUUUCCAACGAAACAAGACUGUUUCUAGCAGUGCUAUAAAUAGAGCAGUACAAGAUGCCAGCUCUGGGGACUUCCCAAGUGCUAUAGAAACAUUAGUCACAGCAAUCUCACUAAUAAAACAGUCUAAGAUAGCAUCAGAUGAUCGCUGUAAAAUCUUAAUCAGCUCUCUACAGGAUACAUUGCAUGGCAUUGAAGAGAAAUCAUAUGGAUCUAGGAGCAGUAGACGAUCCAGGUCCAGAGAUAGAGAUAGGGAAAGAGAAAGGAUGGAGAAGCGAUCUCGACACAGAUCACGAAGCAGAGAACGAGAUCCAAGGGAAUACAGAGAACGCUCCAGAGAAAGAGACAGAGAACGAGAGCGUCAUUAUGAGGAUCGACGUGAAAGAGAAAGAGAGAGGGAAAGAAGUGAAAGAAGCGAUAGGGGAGGUGAAAGAGACAGGGAACGAUCAGAAAGGGAGCGAUCUGAUCGUGAACGAGUAGAACGUGAGCGCAGUGACAGAGAGAGAGCAGACAGGGAACGAGUCGAACGAGAACGCACUGAAAGAGAGAGAACUGACCGUGAACGUGAUUACAGCAGUAGCCGCAGACAUUAGACUUUUGGAUUACUACUCAUCUCUUCAAUUCUGAAGAAGUUGAGAUGAAAAGUGACUUCCUGCAGGCCACAAGUGCCCUUUCUAUGUUGUUCUACGUACAGUUUUAAUUUCCUCAAUAAGCUUGGUUCACCGAUUUGAAAAGCUUGACACUACAGUUAGGGAACGCUUGCAGAUUUUUUACGUCAAGUUUAAAUUAAGCAUGUUGCAAAAUAUAUGUACAAUCCUAGUAAUUCGUGAUCAUAUCUAUAAUACAUCCCUAAGCCGCAAAAUUUAUGUAGUAAUUGUGAUUUGCUCAAUUGUGAUACAAAAUUCUAUGCACCACACAUCAAGACUUCCUGUCAGUUAACUACCUCAUGUUGUUUUUGAGGUAAAAUAUACCAUCUUGUUCAGUUUUAUUGAGCUGUAAUUCCAAAAUGUAUUUAAUUUAUGAUUGCGUUACAAUUGACAAGUUGCUGCAAUCUUGUGCUCAACUCUGAAGUCAACAGGUGCAUAUGAAUCUGGUGUCAGUAAAGAAUGAAAGGGUGGAAUUGUUUUCCAAUGCACUUAACACGUAAAAGUGGAUACCGAUUAAAAAUUCUCUUAUGUUGGAAUGAAAGAUAAGCUGAUAAUUGAAUGUAGUGGUGUCCUUUAUUUUAAAGUUAUUGCAUUUCUAUGUUGCGUUCAUAGAGAAAAUACUCACUAUUGUUUGUAGAUGCUUUCCUUGCGGGCUAUUACAUGAUUUAAAUUUGAUUAGCCAAAUGCGUAUUUGUAUAGAAGCUAAAAGAAGUAAUAUCAAUCCUUUUUGAGAUGUGUGGCAACAGCACUGUUUCUGAAUUCUUUUCCACCUGCUACUUUGUGUGACAGCCAGAAAAUUUAAUAUAUAUUUGACACUGUUGUGUUUCAUGUGUGUAUGUAGGGAAUGGGGGCUGUUUAUUUUACAGAACGCUUGCAUUAUGAGUGUGAUAGAAUUUUGUUUUUCAACACCUCAUUAUGUACCUAUUAGAUUCAAACUCUUAUGUUAAAAAUUACUUGAAGAAUUAAUAUUCAAUAAAAUCUUGCACCAUAUGCAGGAUAAAGCCUUUCAUAAACAAAGUUGUACAUAAUGUUGAGACGUUUAAAAUAAAAUUAAGGAUUUAAUUUUUUAACAGUAUAUGUCUGAAGUAGCAUUUUAUCAAAGUUUUUUUUUUACCCAGAAAAUGAAGUAGGCCAACAUAUAAACUAAAUAUAACAAAUUUGUUAAAUUUUUUUAGAUACCCUACUUUUUGGAAUUUGGAUAUCUUUUUUUUAAACAUUUUUUAUGAAACAGAUUUGUAAAAAUCAUGAUUUUAAAUUUUUGUACACAAUGUGUUCUAAAAUGUUAAGUGAUUUAAAAAAAAUAAUUAAAAUUGGGUGAAAUCCCAUUUACUUUUAUCAUUUAAAUUGCAAUUUAUCUUGCAUUUAUCAUUUGAAUUAUUUUGUACAGGACAAGUCAUUUUUGAAGACUUUGUAAAUAUAUAAAUAUAUUAUACAUUUUUAAAGGUUCAUUUAGGCCUUUUAAGCAAUUUUAUAAACAUGGAUUUUCCCAUUAGUCGUUGUUCAGACAUUAAUAAGCCGAUCAAUUUGCUCAUUGGGUUUGGUUGUUUGUUGUAAUGUUCUUUGCUGUUGUUGUAAGAAGUAUAAGCAUUGAUUGAAUGAGUGAGAAAUCUGAGAUUUUAGAUGUAUUUUAUUAGUGUGUGCAGCAGUCUUUCUUCUAUACGUAUUUUAACAUUCAAUUUCUAACGUUGUGUUGGAAUAUCUGUUUUGUUGUUUGGUAAUUUGGAUCUGCUCUUGUUUUUAAAACAUGACCUCAAGUUCAGGUGAUGUUUGUUUACUGUCUAAAAUCAAAUGGCAAUACUCCGGUUAAAUUUUAUGGCUGUCUUUCCGUUUUAAUACAUUUACAACUCUUGUUGUACAAAUAUCUGCGAUAACUCCCAGCAUGCAAUAUUUUGUCCUGUUUUUAUUAUUAUACAAUGUGACAUUCCACUCAUUUUUGUCAAUUUACAACAAUCUGUUUUGUUGCUAAUUUUUCAUUGUUUCAGGUGCUCAAGAUGUCUAUCUACAUUUUUGAUUCAGUUCUCUAAUUUUUAUUUAUAAUUCCUUCUAAACAGUGUGAUUUUAAUUUUUUUCUUAAGAUUUAUAUUUCUAAACUUAUUUUGUAUUCAUGGCUUACACAUACACUUAAAAAAUAAUUACUAAAUAUAUUUAGAGGAAACCUUAUUGUUUCUCAUAUUUUAAAAUGUGAACAAUUAUGAUUUUACUUUGAGUAAAAAAGAAAGUAUUAUAUAAUUGUUUACACAUCAGCAAAACUGAAGUUCAGCUUUGAAUGUGCUUGCAGCAAACUCCAAUCCAAAAUGUCUUCUUACCUAUUCACCUUUCAUUAAAAUAAGAAAUGUAAAAAUCAUUUGGCAUUUAAAAGCUUGUGUAACUAAACUUUUAUUUCAUUAUUACACUUCUCAUUAUUAAUCAUACAGGCUUAGUAUAGUAAGUCAUGCAUUAUGUGUAUUUAAUGUCUUUGCUUUUGAGGUGUAUCCAUUAAAAUAAAUACUUGAGUGCCACUUUUACAAUUAUUCAUGAAGCCAGUUUUUAGAAUUCUAUUAUCACAAGUCUUUCAUUUAUUGUAGUCAUAUAGGAAAUAAUAAAUUGCUGUAUGGUUGAGGUAUCCCUAAAACAAUUGUAGUGUAUUCCAUGUUUGUAAGUCAUGGAUUUUUGCUGAGGUUUCAACUAGUUAACUAGCUGCAACAGCACAGUUAGUAUUCUGUAAUGGCUGUGUGCUAUUGACAACGGUUAUGCUUUAAUGGGCGCUGCAUAUUGUAUAUAAUGACAUUCAGUAAUAUGGUUAUUUGGGACACUUAAAGUUUCAGUUUUUUAAAUAAACAGUCAAAUCUGUAAAGGACAAACAUUUAUAAGUAUAGAGUAAGAAACUUUGUUUUAUAUUUGUUCAUGUUAAAAUUAGUUUAUGUAAUGUGUCAUAAAAAUUCAUCCAUACUUUAAAAAAAUGCUUAUUCCGUUCAAAAUGAAAGAAUGCUUGCAGGGAGACAUGGUAUUAAAAGUGAAUUUAGCUAUUUUCCAUUUUAUUUUACUAAAAAAAUUCAGUGCUAUCUUUGCUAGGCGUAAGUCAAAUUAUGCUGCAGGUUUGAAAAAAAAUGUACAUUAUUCUACAUAUUGUUCUUUAAAAAUUGAAUGUAGAUAGAGGCAUCAUAAUACUGUAAAUAUUUAUAAGUAUGAAACAUUACACAGCCAGUUCAGUUUUUGUAUAUUUUCUGGUGAAUUGCUCAGGAUAUUAUUCUUUGUAAAAUAUCAAAAAAUUCUUUUACUGUUGAACUUAUUGAAUACAGGGCAUUAAUUAAACAGCAGAUUGAAUUAAUAGUUCAGUUCCGGGCUACUAAAAUAUUAAUUUUGUGUUGUUCUGGUUUUGUAAUUUCUGGCUUAGUUAAUCCUACGUUAUGUACCCAUUAUACAACUGUUAUUAAUUUGCUCAUUUGUUUAACAAUGGCAAAUUUGAUAGUUAAAUUGCAUUUUACUGUAAAAGUAGAAUAAGUGUUUAAAGGAAUCUGAUAUUUUACUGCCAUGUCUCUCAUUAACUAUUUAAUUUCAAAGCUUUACAUCUAUUUAAAACACAGCAACUAAUAAACCACAAAGGAGUGUAGAUACAUUUUUUAUCAUCAAAUCUCUAUCCCUUCAUUCUUCACUAAUUUUUAUUCUUUUGUUUUUAAAUAAAUUUAUCUUUUGUUUUACAAAAUCCUACAAGUACAAGUGUAUUGAAAGUAUUCUUCCCUUAUUAUUUAUUCAGUCAUUUAUUAAGGGUCUUGUUUGUUAUCACCUCGCUACCUAUGAUAUAAUUCUAAAUAAAAUUGCAUAAUUCCUUCCUGGUCAGGCCAUAAUGUUGCCAGAAAAUUAAGUAAGUGUAGAAUAAAACAUAGAGAAAUUAAUAACUGCUAUGUGUAGCUAUCUUCUGUAGUAUUUUCUUAAAUUGUUAAAGGAAAAAGGAAAUGCAUACAAAUAUGAUAAACACAAAGGUAUUUAGAAAACUAUGUUUUUCCGUUGAUACUUUUAUGUUUUUCAAAUUUUUUGUUUGCUCCUUUUUUUUUUUUAGAAUCUAGUCUUAUGAAUUCAGGCUACGCAGCAUGUACCUCCUACAAUUUUGAUUUUGUGUAAAAAUUACUUAAUUUUUUUUAUGUUCAGGCUUCCAGUUAAAAAAAAAUUGGUUUAUUAAAAUACUGGUUUGAAGAUCAAGUUAUAAGAACAAAGUAUUUGUUAGUCAAAUACAUGUACUUUAUCAGAAGACAUACAAUUUGAUUAACCUGUUUUAUUUUAAAAACCACUGAGUAAGAACUUGGUAAUGCAAGAUGUGAAAUAGUUUAAUGUAUUUCACUAAAGUUUUGAAGAUUUAAUGGGGCUCCAGGUUAAAAAUGUUUCAGUAAAAGAUAAUUAUUCUACUUUUACAUUAUAGAAAAAGCUAAAAUGUUGAAAUUAUAGCAAAAUUAUUAUAAAGAGGAGAAUAUAUUAAAACAAAUACUAAUUAUUUGUUGGAAAAUUUGAAGCAUAAUUGAAACAUGUAUUUUAAAAUUUGAUGAGGUAUUUGAAAACUCACACGUUUUAAAUCUCUAAUUGCCGAACCAUGUACUUUUUAAAUGUUAAAAGUUAAAGACCGCUUGCUAGGAUUAAAUUCUUAACCCUGAGCCUCACUGUAAAACAAACGAAAAACGUUUUCCUAUUUGUAAACAUUACUGGGUCUAGUUAAAUGUUUAGCAUUGAAGCUUUUUAAUUUUUUUGUGUGUAUGCUGCACAAUAAUGUAAAGAACAUUGAAAAGAUUAACUAACCUUUUAUCUGACACUUACUUAAUAUUUACAACUCGCCCCUUAUUUUUCUCCCAAAGUAGAAACUAUGUUGAAUAAAUUUACUUGCAUUUAUUAAAAAUAUAUAAGUGUUCGCUUCUGUGGACGAGGGAUGUUCUUUUUUUAAAUUAUGAGGUGGCUUUAGUUUGUUUAGAAGUUUUGAAUGUAUAAGUUUGAUUUAUUUUUUCUGAGUUUUGAAACACCUCUUAUUUAAAGUAAUUUAUUUUUGUCGGGAUGGAAUAUUAUCUUUCGCGAAAUAUUUAAUACAGGUUUGAUAAAUACUAGUUCUUUUUUGUGUCAUUUAGCUUUUUUUUACAGUCAAUAUUUUAAAGUAAUCAAUAAAUAUAGGAAAAUAAAAUAACUACACACCAUUUGUUAUAUUAAAAUAUAUGCACUAGCAGCUACAGUUAAAUUUUCAAAUUAACUUUGAAAAAGCUCUUGUAAUUUUUUAGCAAAAGUAAAGGAAUUUUUUUUUUUUACCACAAAUGUAAAUAUUAAAAUUAAGAACUAAAUAUAAAAGAUAAACUAAGUCUUUUUUUUUUUUUUAAAUUAAUAAAGAUUUGAAAACAUUUUUUUUAUAAUUAAAUUGAAUAGAAACUUGUAUGCAUGCUGUCCUUGCUAUGAAUACAUUUUAAAGUGUCUCCUAAAAAGACAUCCUAAGUAGGCCUACUUAUUUUUGUAAAAACAAAUUUAUAUAGUUUAUUGAAGGAAGCGAUGCUGUGUUCUAUAAAACAAUUUAUGCUGAAUACUGAUGCCGUUCAUAUGGUUCAAUUCUUAUAAUAGAGCUGCAAUACUGACACUCUUUCGAUAUUUAGGUUAGAAAAACUUGUAACUUAGUAUGUAUGUGAUGUUGUGACUUGAAAUACAAUUUAUUAAUUGAUAGUUGAUUAAUUAGCUGUUUUAAAUAUUUUACUACCAUUUUAACAACUUGCUAUUUCUUAACACUAUUUUAGUGUAAAUUUAGUGUAUGCAUGUGUAACCUGUUUUUAUGGCUUCUGUGAAGCCAUUGUGGUUAAAAGCCUCCCAAAAAAUUAAAUUACAACACUUUAGUGCAUCGACCAACUUGACAAUUAUCUUUAUCUCUAUUCUUGUUAUGGCUUUUUGUUUUCAUGGCACUGUUUACUGGACCUGUGUAGACUAGAUGAAAAAUACUCAUUGUAGAAUAUGAUUCAUUACAUUAAAUACAACAAUGGCUCUUAAAUCUGAGAUCACCUUAAAGUUAACAUUUAAUAAAUUUUAUUAUUUAGAGAUUAUUGGUUUUACUUUGGGUAAUCCAUGUUUAAGAGCUUUUGUAAACUGAUAAAUAAAAGAAUUUUAACCAGCAAUGGCAAGUAUUUGUUGGUAUUUGCUGUGGUAAUUAUUUGUACAGCAUGGAACGCAGGGCUUCUGGGAAGUGUUGUGAUUACAACCUUUAUAGUGUCAACACACCUAGCCUGUUUUUAGUUGGAUGGAUACAUUUUAGUUUGGUAGUUGACAAAUGGCUGUUGACUUACACAUUUCAUUGUAGUAACCGGUUGUCAGCUUGCCUUUUCAAUGGUCAGGUUUUCACAUCUUAUCUGUGGCAGCUAAUUAAGUCUAGGUCAGGCCUGGUAUCCAUUACAUGUUUAGGGUUUUGUUUUCAUUUGGCAGCAGAAACAACUCUGUGAUAACAACGCUUUACACUAUUGUUAAUAUAUACAUGACAGGGAUUGUUAACAAAUAUUUAUAUGGUUAUUAAUUGCAAUGCUUAUAAAAUAUAUUGAUGUACUUUACUUUGAUACUAUAUUUUAUUACUGUUUAAACCAAUUGCAUUUAUAUGAUUUUAAAACAUGCCUGUAUUUAUGCAAAUGUUAUUUGAUGGGGAGUAUCUGCAAAGCUAUCAAAUGAUUUCAAACUUGGUGAUUUACAAUUUUUAAAGAAAACCUUGUCAGAACAUGUUUCAUCCUAUUACCCUACCCCAUUGCUCUUGUUCAUUAUUGCUCAUUAUAAAAUGUUGAUUUACAUUAAUAAUUUACAGAUAGUGGGACAAAUGGCUUUGCAGGUAUUGACACCCCAAUAAAAUGUCUGAUCAUGCAUAACUGACAAUGCAUUUUUUCUUUCUCUUCCUCUGAUAAUUUUCCCUAGGCCUCAUCUUGUAUCAAGUUUGUUCUGCUGCCCAAAUGGUUGGAGAUGUAUGCAGAAAGAGAGAACAUUUUUUUAUGUCCUUCCACCAUCUUCAGUGUUGCUAAUGUAGAAUUUUUGUUGCUGUCAAGACUUAUAUUAGAUAUGAACUGUUGUCUAUAUACCUUUUUUUAUAAUCAUCUGGGAAAGGGGGGGAAAAGUCCCAGGUUGGAUUAUUUUUAAAAUUAAGUCAAGACAAGUUUGGAUGCUGUGGAUCAAGGGAGUUUCACAAGAUAAUGGAUGCAUGGAUUCUACAGGCCAAGGUGGACAAGGUAAACAACUGAAUUAAACUGGAAUAAUAUCAAGGAUUUUUAUUUACUUUAAAUGUGCUUUUAACUAACUUUUUAAGUCAUUACAUGUCUUGUCUUGUUUUUUUUUUUUUUUUUUGGUAAAAAUUUGUAAAUUAACUAGCUGAAGUUUGAAAUGAAAUAGUCUGUAUACCAUUAAAAUCUAUAAAAAAAAAUACACUACAUUUUUAAAAAAUGGUAUUUAAAAGAAGUAAUUCUAAUUCCCUUUCCCUCUUCCAAUUUGGUUACAUCCCAUUUUGUCUGGCUUACUGUUUUUGUCUGUUUCAUGUUAACUUUUCCAAAUAAAUGAAAAUUUUUUUGAACAAAAAG